GCGGCGGCGGCGGCGGCAGCUGCGGGUUGAGUAACGGCCCGAGCCGUGGGGCUCGGUCUCGGGCCCGCCCGGAGCGGAGGGUCCGCCAUGUCCGUGUUCCGCUCGGGCCUGCUGGUGCUGACGUCCCCCUUGGCGGCCCUGGCCCCGCGCCUGCCGCCCAUCCUGUCGGCGGCGGCCCGGCUGGUGGAGGACACGCUCUACGUCCACCUGCAGCCGGGCCUGAGCCUCAGCGGCUCGGCCCAGCCCCGCCCCACCUACGUGGCCGCCACCUCGGAGGUGGUGGACUUCCUGACGCGCCUGUACGCCGGCGCGGACGCCCACUCCCCGCUGGACGUGCGGGUGCUGCUGACCAACAUCCGGGCCAAGGGCCAGGCCCCCUCCGGCCCGCUGGGCUCCGUCCAGAACCUGUCCCACCCGCCCGAGGUGGUGCUGACCGACUUCCGGACGGGCGACGGCGGCCAGUAUAACCCGGUCAAGCAGCAGCUGGAGCGCUACGCCACGAGCUGCUACAGCUGCCGUCCCCACUUGGUCUCCGUGCUGCUGGACCCCGAGGGCGGGCCGGGGGCCGAGCCCCCGGGGCCGGGCCCCGUCCGGGAGCCGCCCCCGCCUGCCCUCGGCAAGCCCCUGCUCGGCUUCGGCCACGUGGCCGUCGGGGGCACGUUUGACCGCUUGCACAACGCCCACAAGCUGCUGCUCAGCGCUGCCUGCCUCCUGGCCGAGCAGCGACUCCUGGCCGGCGUGGCCGACGGGAACCUGCUGGAGACCAAAGUGCUGAAGGAGCUGCUGCAGCCGUUCCGCGAGCGGGUGGCCCGGCUCAGCCAGUUCCUGGUGGACGUGAAGCCGUCGCUGCGCUUCGACCUGGAGCCGCUGCUGGACCCCACCGGGCCGGCCGGCACCGACCCCGCCCUGCAGUGCAUCGUCGUCAGCGAGGAGACGCGCAAGGGAGGGGAGGCCGUCAACCGCCGGCGGCUGGAGAACGGCCUGGAGGAGCUGCAGCUGUUUGUGAUCCCGCUGCUCAGAGACCCGCAGCACGCGGACAACGAGGAGGACAAGGUCAGCUCCUCCAACUACCGUCACCGGCUGCUCGGGACCCUGCUGCGGCGCCCACAGAAACCUCCCGGCCUGCCCUCUCGCCCGUACGUGAUCGGCCUGACGGGCAUCAGCGGCAGUGGGAAGAGCUCGGUGGCGCAGCGGCUAGAGGCCCUGGGGGCGGAGCACAUCGACAGCGACCGGCUGGGCCACCUGGCUUACGCCCCGGGGGGCCCUGCCUACCAGUCUGUGGUCCAGGCCUUUGGGGCCGGCAUCCUCCACGAGGACGGGACCAUCAACCGCAAGGUGCUGGGCAGCCGGGUUUUUGGUAACAAGGAGAACCUGAAGACCCUCACGGACAUCGUGUGGCCCGUCAUCGCCCGGCUGGCACGGGAGCAGGUCUUGGCCGCCGCUGCCCGAGGGAAGACUGUGUGCGUGCUGGAGGCCGCCAUGCUCCUCGAGUCCGGCUGGUCCAACAUGGUGCACGAGGUGUGGACGACAGUCGUGCCCAAGGCCGAGGCCGUGCGGCGCAUCAUGGAGCGGGACGGGCUGAGCGAGGACUCGGCCCUGAGCCGCCUGCACAGCCAGAUGAGCAGCCAGGAGCACGUGGAGCAGAGCCACGUGGUGCUGUGCACCCUGUGGGAGCCCCACGUCACGCAGCGCCAGGUGGAGAAGGCCUGGACCUUCCUGCAGCAGCGCUUGGCGCAGCAGUAGCUCCCAGUCGAUUGCGGGUGACCCGCCGCCCCCCAUCUCCCCUCCCCGCCACCCCGAUGGGCUGAUUGCCAGUGAUUCCCCGCCCAAGCCUACUGGACUGAGGCAGAGCGGAGCCGAACCGAGCCCAGGAGAGCUGGACCCAGAGACCACGGGCCGGGGGCCAGCUGCCCCCGUCCCGCCUGCCUGCCUCAGCCCGGGGCCAGGGACUGCCAUUGUUGGGGGAAGAGGGAGGCGGGCCCUGCCCCUUCCCCUUCCCCGGACCCCAGCUGGACCAAUUAAAGGCGAAUUUGGGGGC